AUGUUUGAACACGUCAGUGUGCAAACAAAUCCUUAUGCUGCUCAGUUAAGAAUUGCAUCUAAACGUUCGGAUAAAUGGAUACCAACGAACAAGAAUGAGAUAAAGCGUAUAUUUGAGCUAAUAAUAUGGACGGGAGUUGUGAACCUUCGAUCCUUACCUUUGUUCUGGACUCGGGAUCCACUGUUUGCCCAAACAUUCCCGCGAAAGGUAAUGAACAGUGAUCGAUUUGAAAUCCUCAUGAGAAUGCUGCAUUUUGCAAAUAGUAGAGUAAAUGACGCAUCUGAUAGUCUAUCAACAAUUAAAUUUAUAACACUACGUGGGCGAAUCAUAUUCAAGCAGUAUUUGAAGCAGAUAAAACACAAAUAUGGUAUAAAAGUAUUUAAAUUGUGCUGUAAUCAUGGACUCACAUACAAUUUUCAUGUCUACGCUAGAAAGGUUCUUGACAAGGAAAGCACAACACCGUCAAAUAUUGUAAGGUGUUUAUCUAACAAUUUAUUUCAUAAAGGUCAUACGUUGUGUGCUGAUAAUUGGUACACCAGGGUAGAUUUGGCAAAUAAGCUGAUAGAAAAAAAUACACAUCUGAUUGUGCUGAAGUGGAAAAACAAGAGAGACGGUUUGGUCCUGUCGACAAAACAUUCAAGCGAAAUGAUAAAUGUGAUAACAAAAAGAGGAUUUUGCCGCAAACCCAAAAUUAUAGCUGAAUAUAAUAAGGCAAAGACAUCUAUUGACUUGUCGGACCAAAUGAGUGUAUAUAGCAGUCCUUUGAGAAGAACUCUAAAGUAUUAUAAAAAAUUAGCUUUUGAGCUUCUUCCAAGUACUGCCAUCGUAAAUGCUAUGUUCAUUUUUCAAGAACCAUAUUUACAAUUCACCGAAUACCAUAGAUUAGCACCGCUUAGGAUAGCACUGAACCGAGUAGCACAGCCACCACAGAAGAGCAGACGACAGCGGAACAGACCAGCCAUAGUGCGAAUCGCACCUCCAAAGCAGCUGAUCACAGUAGAGCUCAUCAGACAACAGCAGAGUUCAGUAAAGCGCCGAAUAGCACCCAACAUAAGCACCAUAAGCACUAUGUUGAGUAGCACCGCAUUGAAUAGCACUGCCUCGACAAUAGAGCAUAGGAGACAGCAGCAGUGUGCAGUAGAGCGCAGUAAAGCACAGCAGAGCGCCGAAUAUCAGCGACCAGCUUAG